AGAUUAGAGGUUUCCAAAGAACUUAAUGCUUAUUUAUUUCAUUGAUAUCUGCUCGGAAAUCUAACAGUGAAAUUGAAUUAAUAAAGGAUUAAUAUGACUUGAGAAAGCUUAUUAAUUAAUUGAGGGAAAUCCACCAUCACAUGCAAAUAAUUAUAAAAUACUGUAAAUGUAUUUGUGGUUUUGAAUCGGAUUGAAUAGAUAAUUCCAUAACCUAGAUUAAAUGAAAUCUAAACCCUAGUGCAUUUAUUAAUUAAUUUUUCUCACAAAGAAUCUAGUUUUCCAUUUAUUUUCAUUUUGAUUCAUUGAUUAAUUAAUUGGUUCAACUUAGGUUAAUUUAAAAUCGUUUUGGUAUUGUGAUCUAGUCCUCGUGGGAUCGACAUCUUUUCAUCACUAUAUGCAAAUUUGACUAGAGUACACUUGCCCGAAUUAAUUGUGCAUAAAAUCACACAUCAAGUUUUUGGCGCCGUUGCCGGGGACUAGUUUAUUGCAUAUCAAAACUACAUAAGUUAGCCUUAGAUUGAACAUUUUUUUUUUCUUUUAGGUUUUGCAAUUUUAAUUUAAUUUAAUUAUUUAUUUUAUUAUUUAUUUAUUUUUCAUCUUUUAGAAAUUUUAUUUUUAAUUUUUUUUAUUUUUAGUAUUUUUCUUUUUCUUUGUAGGUUUCAUGGUGCAUGACACGGAGUAGUGAUGGAGAACUGAUACCCAUUGAUCAAGAAAUUGAAAAAACUUUGAAAAAGCAAAAGAAGGAGAAAAAAAAGAACAAGAUGGAGCAAGAACAAGCAACCCAAACUAAUCUAAGGACGUUGAGCUCAGAUACUACACCUACUCUGGAUGGCACUACAUCAAGCAUUAGGAGGCCCAAUGUGCAAGCAAACAACUUCGAGAUCAAGCCUGCAAUUAUUCAAAUGAUCCAGAUGAGUGUACAAUUUUCUGGCCCUAAUGAUGAUCCUAACUCUCAUAUUGCUAAUUUUCUUGAAAUAUGUGAUACUUUUAGGCAUAAUGGAGUUAGUGAGGAUGCAGUUCGACUUAGGUUGUUUCCCUUUUCCUUGAAAGAUAUAGCAAAAGAAUGGCUUAAUUCUCUUCCAGCAGGUUCUAUUACUACAUGGAAUGAUUUAGCACAAAAGUUUUUGUCUAAAUAUUUUCCACCUUCUAAAACGGCUAAAUUAAGGAAUGACAUAACAACUUUUUCACAAUUUGGUAAUGAAUCCUUAUAUGAGUCAUGGGAGAGAUUUAAAGAAAUGCUUAGAAAUGUCCUCACCAUGGUCUACCUGUUUGGAUGCAAGUGCAAACUUUUUAUAGUGGCAUUAAUCAAUCUUCUCGUUCGAUGUUAGAUGCAACUGCAGGUGGUACCCUUAUGAGGAAAACUCCCGAGGAAGCAUAUGAACUUUUGGAAGAGAUGGCAGCCAAUAGUUAUCAAUGGGACAAUGAAAGAGCAAAUAAAAAGGGAGUUGGAAUUUAUAAUGUUGAUUCUAUCACUGCUUUAUCUGUUCAAAUUGCUGAAUUAAAUAAGAAUUUGGGUAAUUUAGGGGUUUCAGCUAUGAAUGCUUCUUCUUCUUCUUCCCCCCAUUUUCUUUCUUGUGAGCUUUGUGGAUGAGGGGGUCAUGCUAGUGUAGAUUGUCAAGUAGGAAAUCCUUUUUCUUCUGGUUCUUCUGAACAAGCUAAUUUUAUUUCCUAUGGUGGCAACAGGUCAAAUUUUAAUCCCUACUUCAACACUUACAAUCCAGGAUGGAGGAGCCAUCCUAAUCUUUCUUGGAGUAAUAAUCAACAAAGAGUGCCCCCCGGCUUUCAACAACAACAACAUCAAAUUCCACAGGAGAAGAAGCCAAAUUUGGAAGAUAUAAUGGCAAAAUUUAUCAAUAGUACAGAAGCAAGAAUGCAAAGCUUGGAAACUCAAAUUGGACAACUUGCCCAAGCAAUUUCAGAAAGACCACAAGGAGGCUUGCCUAGCAAUAUUGAGAAGAAUCCAAGGGAGCAUGUAAAAGCCAUCACUUUGCGAAGUGGAAAAGAACUUGAAAGUAAAGAAAAAGAUGAAGAGCGUACAAAAGAGAAAGAAAACCAAGAGCUGGAAGCCAAAGAAGAGGAUCAUGAUUUAUCAACAGAGAAAAAAGGGAGUUCUUCUUCACUUAAUUUAAAAUCUUACAAACCUCCUCUUCCUUUUCCUAAAAGAUUUUUGAAGGCUAACUUGGAUAAACAAUUUGCUAAAUUUUUAGAGGUGUUUAAAAAAUUGCAUAUUAACAUCCCUCUUCUUGAUGCUAUAUCACAGAUGCCAAGUUAUGCCAAAUUUUUGAAAGACAUAAUUGCAAACAAAAGAAAGUUGGAGGAAUUUGAGAUGGUGAAACUUAAUGAAGAAUGUUCUGCAAUUCUACAAAAUAAAUUGCCUCCAAAACUUAAGGAUCCAAGGAGCUUUUCUAUUCCUUGCACUAUUGGUGGAAUUAAUUUUGAUAAGGCUUUAUGUGACCUCGGUGCAAGUAUUAAUUUGAUGCCCUUUUCUAUUUUCAGGAAACUUGGAUUAAAAGAACCAACACCCACCACUGUUUCUCUUCAAUUGGCUGAUAGAAGUAUCAAAUAUCCAAGGGGAGUAGUGGAAGAUGUUUUGGGAGGGCUUUGAUUGAUGUCCAGCAAGGAACACUUAGCCUUAGAAUUUAUGAUGAGAUAGUUAUUUUCAAUGUGUUUAAGGCUACGAAAUGUUCUAAUGACAAUGAAAAAAAAGUCUUUAGGAUAGAUGGCAUUGAUGAUUUGGUAGAGAGAUUAGAUGAGCCUAUAGAAAAUUGCAUUGCUAACUCUUUUGAUGUGAAGGAUCAAAUUUUAGAUGAACAACACAAGGAGGCUGUGGGCUAUUUGGGAGAAAAGCAAAAAUUCAAUCCAUCCAAAAGACACAAAUUGCUACCUUUGGAUGUUUCCUCUUCCUCUUCUUCGAAAGCCAGACCAUCAAUUGAGAAUUAUUGAAUUUCCCACCCCCACACUUAAAUUAAACAUUGUCCCCAAUGUUUAAAAAUAAGAAAAAAAGAAAAGAAAAGCAAUACUCCCCUGAUGUAGACCUUCUUGAAAUGCUUGAAGAUUGUUGGCCUUAUUCUUUUGAAGAAGAUGGGCUGGAUUUUUGGAUUCAACAAGUCCUACAAAGAAGAAAAAAAAAAUUGAAAUAAGAAAUCAAUCCAAGAAUAUUCUAAAAAUUAAGAAAAAUAAAAAGAAAAAAAAAUAAAUAAUAUUUCGAAUGGGUUGCCUCCCAUCAAGCGCUUCUUUAUAGUCAUUAGCUUGACUAAGUUUCCAUCUUCACGGAGGCUUGAAUCCUUCUUCCAUUAAAACUUUGUUCGUGCCAAUUGAUGGACUUAUUCCUUGAAUGCUAACAACUCUCAAUCCAAUUCCUUUCUUUUGCUCCCUCAACACCCUUAUCAACUUUUCCUUUUCAUGACUUGGUGGCUUGGCUUUUGAAGAAAAAGAAGGAACAUCCAAAGGCAACAACUUGUCUCUUUUGGAUGGACAACAUUUUUUCUUUUUUUUAAAAUGGACCACGCCCACGACCUUGUUCUUGGCAUUUAAAAUUUGUUCCUGCUCAUGAAAAGGGAAAUUCAAUAAUUCUCAAUUUUUUUGAAAGAAAAAGAAAAAGAAAGAAGAAAUAUAUAAUGUGCAUAAAUGAUGAUUUUCUUGAAAAAAAAAUGUUUUAUUUUCAUGUUUAGGCCGAUUUCAUGUUUCCUAUAUUAACUUUGGUUCAAUGCAUAGUUAAUUCAAAAUUGGGAACUGUUCUAUUUGAUUAUUGAUUCUAGAUGUAACAGUGUUAAGGAAAAGGAAUUGACUAUGCUGGAUUAUCAUGAUGGUUGAAAUAUAUGCUUCUUGACAAAAUUCAUGGGAUUUUGUGAUUAUGCAUGAUUGAUUAUGUGAGAAUAAUAUUGUGAUUAUUUCUUGAAACUAGGCCUAAACAGAGUUGAAGUAAAAUGGGAUGAAAAAAAAAAAAAAGCAAAAAAAAUAAAAAAAGAAAAAAAAAUGUUAUUGCUAUUUAUCUACUCCUAUGUUUUGAGCUACUUAGUAGUAACUGGGGGUUGACAGUAUGCUCCUGCAUCAUCCUUCACGUCAAACGGUAGUUCAAAAUAUGAGUAUGCAAAUGCAUUCUAAGCAAUUAUUUAGGAGAAUAACCGGGUGUCUUCAUCACAAAAUGUCGACAUUCGCGUCAAAAGCCAAGUAAUGCUUAGAAAAGAUUGAUUCAAAAAAAAAAAAAAAAUCAUCCCUAUUACUCCUUAUGUUUGUAGUAGUGGAGAGAAGUGAUUGCAAGAAGGCUAUUGCAUGAUUCAAUUGUGUUAGUUACAAGAUUUCAUAAAUUAAUUUUGAAGUAUGCAUGGCAUCAAAAGUGAUGAUUUUGUAUGACUAAUUCUUUCAAUUAAUACUUUUGGAUUUAGAGUUGAUAUGAUAAUAUGUAUGGUAACCAAUUUUGUGAUUAAUUAUGCGUUGAUAUGUUAUUGGAAUUCUUGAUUUUGGCCUAGCAUGAAAAUAAAAUGUUUAUUUUGUAUUUCUUCUCUACUUUGCUUGAGGACAAGCAAAAGGUUAAGUGUGGGGGUAUUUGAUAGGACUUAAUUAUAUACAUAAUUUUAUUUAUUUUUUAUCUUAACCUUGUACUAUUUUUCCUACAUAAAUGUGUGUUUAUAUGAAUUUUACAUUGUUUUAUUCUUGUUUUGUAGGAAUCCAACAAAGGAAAUAAAUUCGAAGA